CACACACUCCUCUCACCCAUCCCCACACCCCUCACACUCAUGUCCGCCGCUACCCCCACCGAUGCUCGUGACCGCUGGAAGGCCGUCGAGUCCAACCCCGAGGUGUUCACCAAUUUUGCUGCCAAUCUGGGUGUGCCCGAGGGCAAGUGCAUGUUCUCCGACAUCUGGGGCCUCGAUGACGACAUGCUUGCCUUCCUCCCGCAGCCGGUCAUGGCUGUCCUCCUCUGCAGGCCCUCGGGGCUCAACAAGGUCGACCGUCCCGAUCCCGAGUCGGUGUACGGCGAUGAUGGGGCGCCUGCAGACCCGCCGUUUUACAUGACCCAGAUCGAUGAGCUUGGCAACGCAUGCGGGACCAUCGCCAUGGUUCAUGCUCUGGCAAACACUGUCUCGGCCCUCGACCUCGCCGACGACUCGAUCCUUCGGGGCUUCCUCGACUCGGUGGCAGAGGCUACUCCGCUUGUCCGCGGCGAGACUUUUGCCGCCAACGAGCGCAUUCGCUCGCUCCACAACGGUACCGCCUCGCAGGGUCAGUCAGCUCAGCCCGAGUCCGAGGCCUCUAUCGCUGCCCACUUUAUCUGCUUUGCCUUCCACGAUGGCAUCCUCUACGAGCUCGACGGCCGUAAGCCUGGUCCCAUCCCACUGGCCCGAUGCUCUGCCGACGGUGUCGCUGCCGCCGCUGCCGCCGCCAUCAAGACCUACUUUAUGGCUCCCAACCCGGACGAGUACAACUUUUCCAUGGUUGCCUACUCACUCGUCCCGCCUGCCUAGUCUGCCGAG